AUGAAGCGUUUCGGCGCCAAGGUCCUGCUCUCAAGGAGCAAGGACUCGAGCAAGUCCAAAAAGAAUAAAGAUAGCAAUAAGGACGGGACAGCAUCACCGAAUUCGUCCAGGGAUCACCAGAAUCAGUCGCCCGUCGUCACACCUUCAUCUUCCACGGCUACACUCAACAAACCCCUCCCCCCGAACAAUGCUGCUGCUCAUGCCGACCAUGCCGCUGCGUUAGCCGCUCAUCAGGCUCAGCAUAUUCCCCAAGCUCCUGCCCCGGCCAUGCCGGAUCGGUACACUGGCGGUGCUGCUAUUCCCGCUCAGCCACAGCCCCCCAAUGGCGCGAAUUCGACUCCUAUCAGACACGGGCCUGUGCCGCCGACCGUCAUCAUCAGCCCGAGCGCUCCGCAACAUGUCCCUCCUCCUGGUGCCGCCGAGACCAUGCCCCAUGAUCUUGCUCCGCCCAAGGCGGGUCAGAAGUCCCUGAUGUACGAUCGCCUGCAUCAAACGCCCAAGGAUGUUCUCGAUGGCCCUAAGACUCCGCGCCGGCAGCACUCGUCGCGCUUUGACAUUUCGCAGAACCGCGAGCUCGAGAAGCUUCCUGGUUUCCAUGAAGUACCCCCCAACCGUAGGGAGGAGCUCUUCAUGAAGAAGAUCGAACAGUGCAACGUCAUUUUCGACUUCAACGAUGCGAGCGCGGACAUGCGGUCUAAGGAAAUCAAGAGACUCGCGCUUCAUGAGCUUCUGGACUAUGUGGCCAAUAAUCGUCAAGUCAUCACCGAAGCCAUGUAUCCUGUCGUUGUGAACAUGUUCGCCAAGAACCUGUUCCGCCCCAUUCCCCCUCCUGUGAAUCCCCAGGGUGAGGCUUUCGAUCCGGAAGAGGACGAGCCUGUCCUGGAGGUCGCUUGGCCGCAUAUCCAGGUCGUCUACGAGUUCUUCCUUCGCUUCAUCGAGAGCCAGGACUUCAACACGAACAUCGCCAAGGCCUACAUCGACCACAGCUUUGUUCUUCAGCUCCUCGAACUCUUUGACUCGGAAGAUCCUCGUGAGCGCGAUUUUCUGAAGACUACUCUACAUCGUAUCUACGGCAAGUUCCUCAACCUGCGCUCUUUCAUUCGCCGCUCUAUCAACAACGUGUUCUUCCAGUUCACUUAUGAGACUGAGCGCUUCAAUGGCAUUGCUGAGCUGCUGGAGAUUCUGGGCUCUAUUAUCAACGGCUUUGCCCUCCCGCUAAAGGAGGAACACAAGCUCUUCUUGACGAGGGUCUUGAUUCCCCUCCACAAGGUCAAGAGCUUGAGCAUGUAUCAUCCCCAGCUUGCGUACUGCAUUGUCCAGUUCCUCGAGAAGGAUUCGUCUUUGACCGAGGAGGUCGUGCUUGGUCUUCUGAGGUAUUGGCCCAAGGUCAACAGCACCAAGGAGGUCAUGUUCUUGAACGAGGUAGAAGAUAUUUUCGAGGUCAUGGAUCCGGCCGAGUUUGUCAAGGUCCAGGAGCCCUUGUUCCAUCAACUUGCCAAGUCGGUCGCCAGCCCUCACUUCCAGGUUGCCGAACGUGCCCUCUAUUUCUGGAACAACGAAUAUUUCUGCAACUUGGUUAGUGAUAACGUUGAUGUCAUCCUGCCCAUCAUGUUUGCGCCCUUGUAUGAGAACUCCAAGGGCCACUGGAACAGGACGAUCCAUGGCAUGGUAUACAAUGCUAUGAAGCUGUUCAUGGAAAUCAACCCCCAACUGUUCGAUGACUGCUCCCACGAGUACACUGAACAGCAGAACAACGCUGCUGCUCGCGAGGCCCUGCGCCAGAGGAAAUGGGCUGCCAUCGAGGAGCAGGCUGCGCGCAGAAGAAAGCAACUCGAGGAAGAGAAGAAGAAGCGUCAGGGACAGCAAGGAGAUGAGCAAGACCAGAACCAACAAGAAAAGCGUGAGUGGGUGCCGGGUCGUGCUCAAGUCCCUUCCUUGCCACGCGUCGAUGAGGUUGACAGCGUCCACGAAGACAACCCGCCCAUCAGGCUUGACUCUCUUAAGCUGCAGGAUGGUGAUAGGAAGGCUGACCGUCGGCCGGCGCCGCACGAUCGGCAAGGGUCGGUCGGUUCAUCACGGAGCCAGCGGUGA